AGGAAGAGCGGAGCCCGUUACGUCCCGCCCGUGACCUGCGGCCGCGCUGGGCGUUCCGGCCGUGUGGGGCGUUCGAGGCGCGCUCUUGGCGAUGCUGCCGGCGGCGGCCGCUCCCCUCCUCCGCUCGGGCCCCGCCGUGCCGCCCGUGCCAUGACCCGACAGCUCGGCGAGGGGCUGCCGUCUCCGGGCCCUCCCUUAGCCAUGUCCCGCCGCCAUGUUACGCCGGCGGCCGCGGGCAGAGAGGCGGCCCAGGACUGCAGAAACCAGUUGAUUACAGAGUUCUUCAAGCCAGUUUUAAGUCCAGACAGAACUGUGCUGUCCUCACCAGACAAAGGAAAUGUAAAAGAUGAAGGAAUGGGACUGUCAGUCUUAUGCACUGAAGGUUUUGAUAGGAAUUCAUCUUCUCCAAAGAAGGUCAGAAGAAAAAGAUGCCAGACCAAACUCCAAAUGAGUCCUGUGGGAAAUGGAUGUCCUGUAAGAAAAAUAAUGUCUUUUAGUUCAAGGGAGAUUGCCUCUGAUGACCCAUCUCAACCAAGGAUAACACAGGUUUUAGAACAUGAGGCAUCUUCUCCACAUGCAUUUAGAACAUCAUCUGAGAUGGCCUCUGGUGCACCAAAGAGCCCAGCUGUUCCUUCACACUUCUUUAAGGUGUCCUUUGGGCUAUCCAAACCAAGAGACUCUCCUGGGAAAAGAAAACACACUGCCAUGAGUGUGGAUGUAGAUGCUUCAGAUCAAUCUGAAGUGAAUGACUCUGCUUUUAGUAGAUCACCAAAAUGCAAAAAUUGGAGGCGUGGUUUUGUAAAAAAUAUCUUUUUAAAGUCUCCUCAUGAUGAUGUUCUGCAACUCAAGGAGCCUUCUGCCCUCUCUGGACAUGAUUUGACUCUUUCAGAGGAAUUCCUCAACUCGAGCAAUGAAAAGGACAAAAAUAAUUACUCCACUGUAGGUUUGUCAUCUUCAUAUUCUGCACACAGUCCUGCUAAAAAUAACCACAUUUCUGUUGUGGAUACCAAAGAGAAUCAAUUGCAGUUGGCUAACUCAUGCUUUUUCUUGGAAAAGUCACUUCCCUUUUCUCAGGAAAAAAGUACUGUGUUGCCUUCUCCCCACCACUUAACACAAACAAAAGGCAUGAAAUCCCCUCUCCAGGUUGCUGGCUUAUCUCAGGUAUUGGAUGUUAGGAAAGAGCAAGAUAAAAGACCAGAAAGACAUGAAUGGAAUAAAGGAUACAGUAUUCAACCCAGCAACUGUUUUUCAAAUACAGUCCCUGAGAUUUCUGAAAAUACUCCUGAUUCCUGUAGCAUGGAAAUCUCUGGGGAACUUGGACUGUCCCCAGAGACUGGCAAAAGUGUUCCCCCUUCAUUGCCUUUGGAAGAGUCUUUUGUGGACAGCAGCCAUGAGUCUUCACAACCCUCAGGAGAACUGGAAGUUAAAAGGAACUUUACACACAAGUCCAAGCUGAGCAGAAAAUGGCAAAGCAGCUCUGAGAGUGAAGAUGAUGUUUUGGAAUCCAUUCUAGUUGAUGAUGAUGAUGAUGAAGAAGAAGAAGCAUUAAUGCCACUGCAAAAAAUGCUCAGUUCAGAUCUCCAACCACAGGCAAAAAGAACCCUGGAAGACUCCUUUGACAGUGUUUCUCAGGACACUGUAACUCCAUUGCUGAAGUUUCAUCUUUCUAAGACUCCUAUUAUAAGCAAGGUGUCCUAUGUGAACAGCUUAGAUCAUCUCUUGAAGGAGAAAGAAGAAUCUAGAAGGUUAGAGGAAAUAGUGAAACAGUUACAGGAAGACAUAGAAAGAGAAGACAAGGCUUCAGAUGGAGAAAAAGAGGACAAUGCCAGUGGAGAUGAUCUCUUGGAAGAACACAGGGCGUUUAUAAAGAGAUUUUCGGUAGCAAAUUAUGUCAUACCUGACAAACACCCUGGAGAAGAUUUAUUUGAUUUAUCAGCUGCUGGGAAAAUCUUCACUCAACAUAACCUUGACUUGAGGAAUUUUCAGUUUGUCCCUCAAAAUCGUAUAGAAUAUCUGCUUCUGAAUUCUAGUAUAACACAGCAGCUUUUUUUAGUUGUUAAUGGCAUUCUAAGUUCUGCUUACCAUGACACAUCUUGUCCCAUACCAAUUCUGAAGUGGCUGUUCCAGAUGAUGUCUGUUCAUCCUGACCGCUGUGUUUCCACCAAGAUCUUAGACAGAUUGAUGGAGUUAUCACUAAAAAACUCUUCCAUCAGUGAUGAGCAGCUUAAACCAUGGAUUCCUUCAAUAGCUGAUAUAUCAACUGUUUUUGUCAAUAUGGGUGUUGGGUUCAGAUCUCUCUUUCCAUUGCAACAUCUUCAACCCCCCUUCAAUGAGCAUGAUAUUUUAAAUCAGGUGCAAGAAUCAGUGAGUCAACAACGAACAAGAGGAGAUGUAGCUACUGCCAGUCCAGUGUUCCACAGUCUACUUGAAAACAAUUUAAUUAAUGUGAUUAAGUUUCUAGUUUUCUGUACAUCAGUAAUUCACGAUGGAUAUACUGACCAAGAAAUAUGGCUGCUGCUUAUAUUGCUAUUUAAAAUAAGCUUGGAGAAACAGUUAAAACCUUUUCUGAUAGAUUUUCAGUGCCUUUUUUUCAAGCUUCUGGUGAAUAUAAAAGACUGGGAUACAAAGAUGCCUGAGCUGUGCCUGUCAGUGAGUGAGCUCUCCAGCAAUCCCCACAACCUCCUGUGGCUGGUUCAGCUGGUGCCCAGCUACAUCGCGCGCGGACGGGAAGUAAAAAGGCGCCUUAGCCUAGUGAUAAUUGCAAAAUUCCUUCAUAAGAAGCAUGUAGAAAUACCUGAUGACAGUGAUAAGCAGAUGUUUCUUCUGCAUCAGUUUCUGGUGUGUAUGAAACCUUCUUAUCUACUGAAGAAGAGGAGGGAGAUGAGACAAGGGCAGAAGGAGCAUAAAGAUGAUGAAGUUCAUGCAGAACUAGAACAUGAGGUAUACUACCUAAUCUAUGUCCUCCUUCAUCUAGUCAGUGAAGCCAGUUUCCUUGAUGUUGUAAAUUCUAGUCAAAGGCAACACUUACUGAAGCUUUGUCGUGCCUUAGAUAAGCACGUGAAAGGUGAUAUUAGGGAAGAUGCAAGAAUGUUUUAUCGGUCUAAGGUAAAAGGCUUGGCUGCUAGGAUAUAUGGGAAAUGGCAGGAUGUGAUACAAACCACUCGGCUUACUCAGGGAAAACUGCAUGACUUCUGGGAGCCAGAUUCAUGAAAUCUCUCCUAGGUAAGGGAAAAUAGCGGAAACUGAAAUCAAGGAGGAUGUAGAAUGAAUGGAGCUUCACCUUAUUUGGAACAGAAGAAAUCAGUCACCUGAGUUAGAACUUGAGCUUGAUUCAGACAAGCUCUAGACACAUGAGAAUCUGAUUUGACUAACACUGUUUUUUACUACAAAUACUCUACUCCUGAAAAAUUGAAGUGGAUCAACUGAAAAAAACCCAGCUGUUCCUAUAGCCCUAUCAGAACUGGCAAGAAAUAUUUUACUGUAUUGAAAGCUGAGAGAAGUUUUCUUGUUUCCCUUGUUAAUUACAAGACCUAUUUGAUAACAGUAAGUAUUUAUUUUCUUGCCAGCACAUACCUACAAGCAUUGUUUUAGGUUGGCUGGGAAAGAGCUGCCCUGUGACAUGAAAUGUGAGAUCAGGAGGAGUGUUAGACCUGUUGUGAGCAGGUGAGGAAGUGGUUCAUAUGUGGGCUGAGUCAUGGUAAUCUGCCAAGCAGAAUUGGUAUGAACAUCCAGUGUCUUUUAAAAAUACAAAAUACAGCAGUUGCACCUUCUUUCAAUGGAGAAUAAAAUAUCAUCUCAGUGGAGAUUAGAGAACAGCAUUUGGCUUACCUUUGUAAAGACUGUGAAAGCCAUAUGAUGACUGAAUUCCUUGGUGUGAAGUCCUGCUGCACAGACAAUAUGUGCUCAAAGCUUCAGGAGCUGUUUAUGAAAUAAUCAGAGGAAGGUAUGAUCUCCUUUUGUGUUCUCUGUACAAAAGCUAUCACUUAAAUCUUACGGUGUGGUUUGUCUGUAGAAUGGAUGUAAUAGGAUGAAAAAGUUCAGUUAUUGGGUAGAAACACCAAUGGGGAUUCCCAUAAUAAGAGAUUUUUAAUAACAUCAACAUGUGUAUUUUAUAAUACUGUUUUGUUUUAAUUCCUGUAGAUUACCCUGUCUUGUAUGGAAUUCUCUAUGAUAAGAAUGUAAAAUAAAGCUUAAAAAACCUGCCAACUACAAAACCUUCAAAUUUAAUGAUGUGUAUUACACAUAAAAGAACAGCUAUAGAAUGGACACAUCUUAGAGGAAAUCUAUUAGAUUUGCAAAUUCAUACUAAAUGGUAUUUUUUUCAAGUGUUACACUGUUACAUCAAUGACAUCUUUUGCUCUUUGAUAGCUCGUCUGCCUCCCCUCUCGUAACAGUUGCUUACUCUGAUGAAUAUAUUGUAUGUAAUUUUAUUAAUGUUUUUAAUUUUUUUUCACUAAUAUUGUAUAAAGGUAAAAAAAAUGUGGAAUGUUUACUGUAUUUAAUGUGUAUAUAUUUUCUUACUGUGUAAAGUUGACAUUGCUGGCCUGUAUAUUUUGAAGAAGAAAAGGGGAGGAGCUUAGAUGAACUGCUUUUGUACUGCAGUUCAAAGCAUGUUGAAACUGCUGAGGGUUUUUCCACACAAAAUAGCCACUUUGAUAUUUACUUUCAUUUAACAGAACAAUGAAAAAAUAAAACCAGACACUCAUUUCUAGUUAAAUGUCCCCAGAGAAAAUGGGCUCUAUUUCACAAAAAACAAAUGGCCACAGGUCCUGUUUUAUUCUUAUGGCAGAUGCUACAAUUCUUGGUUUCACAGCUGAUUAGCUCACUAUAGAUGGAGACAGUUUUGAAAUCAUUCUCAGCUCAGCCAGUCCUGUGUUUUCAUGCUUAAUGCCUGUUCCAGCACUAUCACUCUUCCCCCACUCCUGCUUGGUCUGGACUUCUCUUCCAUCUGUUCUGUAGCUGAGGAGUAAUUCCUCAAGAGCUAGGUGUGGGUUAAAUUGGUGCUCAUCAGAAUCCUUACAGAGAUGAUUCCCAAGCAUCACUGCAGGGUCUUUACAAGAGGGUCCAGGCAAUGAAAUAGCAAACCUGCUGCCCUUGUGUUCUGCCAACUCAUUUCUGUCCCUCAGCCAGGAUUUACAUGCACUGGAAAAGGCUGUUUCCUUGUCCUGCAAAAGGUUGUUGCACACGAAAGGUCUUAACUGCUUUGGAUGUCUUCAGAGAAGCAUUUUGCACUUGAGGUCUAUCUUUUGAUACUGUGUUGGCUAUAUUGAGAGCCCUAUUAUCACAUUUCAUGUGGAAGUAGGUGCACUUUAUUGCAGCAAUAACAGAAAAAAUUAAAGUCUGGUUGUAAAAUA